AUGUUCACCUUCAUUGUGGCAGUCUUAACAGCCUGUGUCAGUGGAUACUGGCUUGGGCAACGGGUGAUUGGAUUUUAUUUCAGAAAGCGCUUGGAUCCAUGGGGUAAAGCAGUUCUCGUUUCUGGUUGUGAUACGGGCUUCGGUAACGCCCUGGCUAGCCGACUUCAUGGCCUCGGAUUCACCGUGUUUGCUGGGUGUUUGGACUCCAAAUGCGAGGGGGCUCUAAAGCUGGUGAAGGAGGCUAAACAAAUGGAACGAGAUGACGGAAGAUCGAAAAGACCACGUAUGAAGGUGAUUCAGAUGGACAUUUGCAACGAUAAGGAAGUCGCUGAAAGUGUGAGGACUGUUUCAAGUUUACUACCAAAGGAUACAGGAUUGUGGGGUAUCGUCAACAAUGCUGGUCUGUCGACCUUCGGAGAGGUGGAGUGGUGCAAUUUGGAAAUGUUUCAUCGUGUAGCUGACGUCAACAUAUGGGGAGGGGUCAGAGUGGUGAAAGCGUUCCUACCACUCAUCCGAAGAGCAAAGGGUCGAAUUAUCCAAAUGACCAGUGGCCUUGCUCGUCAAGGUCACCCUGGACGUUCCUGUUACGUCCUCUCCAAGUAUGCCAUGGAAGGCUUCUCUCAGUGUCUGAGGUAUGAGAUGCGGCGAUGGGGUGUACACGUUAGUAUCAUCGAACCAGGAAACUUCAUUGCUGCAACAGGGAUCUUUACACCAGAGAAGAUCCGGCAAAUCGCUAAUAAGAUGUGGGAUGGGAUGAGUGAAGUGACAAGGCAAGCAUACGGCAAGGAGGCAUUCGAUGCUCAGGUGGAAACCAUGAGUUAUUAUAGUGGAGUGGGAACCACAGACACCGCGCCUGUUGUAGAUGCUAUGGUGGCGGCAUUAACAGAUUCACGGCCCAGGAUUCGGUACGAGCCUAAGGACUUGUAUUGGAGACUACGGACUUUUGUGAUGUCAAUAUUGCCUCAAGAGAUUGGUGAUUGGUUCUACUAUUAGGUAGUAUAUUACUUUGAACGCAUCGAUAAUCAGACAUGUAUAUCCUACACCCCACUCAACUCCGUUACCCCACACCUCACAAUACAUGCCUAAUAAUAAUGGGCUGGAUAAAGACAGUGGGCUUGUCAAUAAGACUACUGAUUAAUAUAAAUUAAAGACACUAGACACUAUUGGUAAUUGUCAAAGACCAGUCUUCUCACCUGGUGUA